GGAUUGCUAUCUACUUCUCUACACGGUGACAGCCACUGUCUUUCAUUCGAUUUCUUCUUGACUCCGCCAGCCUCUCUCACUCAGUCCGUUUCUGCACCAUCUCUCUCAAUCCGCCACCCUCACUCACCCGAUUUGUUCUUCGCUCCGCCACCCUCUCAUACUCGCUGUCUCCCUCACUCGGUCCGUAGCACCUUCUUCCUCUGAUCGAUCAAUAUUGCUUCCUCCAUCAAGGUCUUCACCAAAACCGGGAGGCCCAUAGCCAGAGCCACCUCCGUCGACGGGCGCCUCCCUCCCAUUCCCUCUCUCACUUCGACCCUGCCGACGGUGCCGUCUCUCCCUCUCAGCCGCAGCUCUGCACCACCCUCUGACCGGCGGUGAAGAGACUUAGAGCCUUAGAGAGAAUUACACCUGAAAGAGUUGGAACACUAGUAACUCUUUCGUUCCUUCAGUUGGUUCAAAGAUGAGGUUGGAGAAGUGUUGGUUCUGUUCUUCCACUGUAUAUCCAGGGCACGGUAUUCAGUAUGUUCGCAACGACGCAAAGAUUUUCCGCUUUUGUAGGUCGAAAUGCCACAAAAAUUUCAAAAUGAAGAGGAAUCCUCGUAAAGUAAAGUGGACUAAAUCCUAUAGGGCGCUACGUGGAAAGGAUAUGACACAGGACUCAACCUUUGAGUUCGAAAGGAAGCGAAAUAGGCCAGAGAGAUACGAUAGGAAUGUAUUUAACAACACCUUGAAUGCUAUGAAGAAAAUUCACAAGGUUAGAGCCGAAAGGGAGGUUAAACACAUCUCCAAAAGGAUGCGAGGGAAGAAACAAAAGGAACUGCAGGAGGCACAGAAGGAACUGGAGCAAAGCAUCUACAUGGUCAAGGCCCCAUCUGUGCUCAAAGAAGACCAAUCUCUCACCCUGCCCGUCGAUACCAAGCUCAAAGUCAAGGUCAGCGGAAAACAAGCAGCGGCUCAACAAAUGGAAGAAUAACGAGUCUGCAAAUUUUAAUUUUGUCAGGGUAUGUAGAAUUGGUGAACUGUUUGGUGGGUUUUCUCAAUAUGUUGUCAAAUUUUCCUUGAAAGAAUUUUCUUGUCUCACAUUUGUUUUUUUGAGGGUAGUGCAUUCGAUAUUAAAUCAUGUAAAGUGUAGUUGGGCACCAAUGUUGCAUCUUAACAUUAAUCUCAUAUCUAUCAACUUUCAUGAUUGUAUGCAUUAGAAUUUUGAUGUGAGAGCUUUUAUGUUUCA